AUGGACCCAUCGAGUAUAGGAACCGCAAGACCAGGUUCGAACAUUGCAGGACCAUCGAGUUCUGGUCUUCCACCAUUGUUUGAAACAGAUUCAAAUCCUGAAGCUACUCAAUGUCCAAACCAAAACAAAACAAAUGAAUUCAUUCUUCCACCAAGGUUCAUCGUACAGGAUCAUCCUGAAGCUUAUAAUAAUCGAUAUGAAAUGGAGAGUGAGUCUGAAAAUGAAGAUGAAGAUGACGAGAAUCAGACUUACAAUGGCUAUCCUGGUUAUUACGACGAAGGAGAUCCAGUUUGGAAUUGUAGGUUUUGUCAAGCAUACAUGUGGUAUGGUGAAAGAAUUGCAAAACGCCGUCGUAGCAAGAAACCUGUCUUCUUAAUGUGUUGUAAACAUGGUAAAGUUGUGCUUCCUCGGCUCGCGAAUCCUCCAAUGGAGUUAAUGUAUUUGUUAUGCAAAGACGACGAAUUAAGUAAACAUUAUCGAGAGUUUAUACGAGCUUACAAUAUGAUGUUCUCUUUCACAUCACUUGGGGGGAAGAUAGAUCAUUCUAUUAACAAUGGUCGUGGACCAUUUGUUUUCCGAAUGUCUGGUGAGAACUAUCAUCGUAUUGGUGAUAUAGUUCCCGAGCCUGGACAAGCUCCAAAAUUCUCCCACCUGUAUAUCAUUGAUACUUUAAAUGAGAUAAAAAAUAGACUUGACGCUUAUGCCGGGUCUGACGGAGCUAGCGCUAAGAAACUAAGAGAACCACUUGUUCUUCUUCUGCAGAAUAUGUUAGAUCAGUAUAAUCCUCAUGUUAAGGCUUUUAGGUCUGCAAGAGAUAGGUUCGACGUGGAAGGAUCAACAGGUUAUAAGAUGAGGUUGAUUGAAAGUCGGCAAUCUGAUGGACGGACCCAUAAUCUGCCCACUGCAAAUGAAGUUGCUGCUUUGAUACCUGGAGAUUUUGUUUUAAAUAUGGAGCCUCGAGAUAUUGUUCUAGAGAGUACAAGUGAAAAGUUGCAAAGGAUAAGUGAAUUACAUCCGGCGUAUUUGCCUCUGCAGUAUCCACUAUUGUUUCCAUAUGGAGAGGAUGGUUUUCGAUUAAAUAUUCCAAUUGGUUUUGAAGACAUGGCUGGGAGAAAACGCAAAAAUGUAACAAUGCGUGAAUACUUUGCAUUUCGCAUUUUAGAGAGGAAGGGGGAAGCACCCACGAUUACGAGAUCAGGCAUAUUGUUUCAUCAGUUCCUUGUGGACGCCUACAUAAUGAUAGAAUCGAGUAGACUGCGUUACUUGUGGCUGAAUCAGAAAAAACUCCGGUCAGUUAGUUAUGAUGCAAUCCAGAAGGCAGCUGCAAAAGGCGGAGCUAAGAUGGCUGAGCAAAGGAGCCGAAUUUUCAUCCCAGCAACUUUCACCGGAGGAAAACGGUAUAUGAAGCAGCAUUACUACGAUGCCAUGGCUCUGUGCAAGUACUAUGGAUUUCCAUAUCUUUUCAUCAAUUUUACGUGCAAUCCAAAAUGGCCUGAAGUUACAAGGUAUCUGAAAAAAUAUAACCUUACCACCGAAGACAGACAUGAAAUAUUGUGCAGAGUUUUCAAGAUGAAACUCGAUAAUCUUAUUAUCGAGUUUUUGACAAAAAAAGACGGCUCCUUAUUUGGCCCAGUUUCUGCAGUAAUGUACACGAUUGAGUUUCAGAAAAGAGGAAUGCCACACGCUCAUAUUCUCGUCUUCAUGCAAAAUGGAGCCAAAUUUCCAACAGCUGAUCAUAUAGACACUACUAUAUCGGCUGAGAUACCGGACAAGACGGUAGAUCCAGACCUGUAUGCAAUCGUUGGGGAUUGUAUGAUGCAUGGUCCUUGCGGUCCAGCAAAGAAGGAUAAUGUAUAUAUGGUUAACGGUAAAUGUUCUAAGAUGUUUCCGAAACGACUGAACAUCAGGACAUCGAUUGACGCAAAUGGAUUACCAGCUUACAUGCGUCGUAUUGAUGGUAGGUGUUGGGCCCGAAUAUGGCCUGGUAGCUGA